UCACUCUGCGCGCCUCGCGGGUGACGCCACGUCUGCGCCGCCUUUCUGGUGCUACCUGGCGGGUUUGGCCCAUCAGCGGAUCGCGUCUCUCGUCUCCCGUGUGCAUUGGCGGUUCCCUUCCAAACCCAGUGCGCCGUGAGGGCUCGGAGCCGCCGCGAGGGCGUCGUAGAAAUUGCUUCAUCAUGAGAAAUCUGAAGUUGCAUCAGACCCUGGAGUUUCGGGACAUUCAGGCACCAGGGAAACCUCAGUGUUUCUGUCUGCGAGCUGAGCAGGGCACGGUGCUGAUUGGCUCAGAGCGUGGCCUGACAGAAGUAGACCCUGUGAGAAGAGAAGUGAAGACUGAAAUUUCUUUGGUGGCAGAAGGUUUUCUUCCAGAGGAUGGAAGUGGCUGCAUUGUGGGUAUUCAGGACUUACUGGAUCAGGAAUCUGUGUGUGUGGCCACUGCCUCUGGGGACGUCAUAGUCUGCAAUCUCAGCACACAGCAGCUGGAAUGUGUUGGGAGUGUGGCCAGUGGUAUCUCUGUCAUGAGCUGGAGUCCUGAUCAAGAACUGCUGCUUCUUGCCACAGCUCAACAGACCCUGAUUAUGAUGACAAAAGACUUUGAAGUGAUUGCAGAGGAGCAGAUCCAUCAGGAUGAUUUUGGAGAAGGCAAGUUUGUCACUGUUGGAUGGGGCAGUAAGCAGACGCAGUUCCACGGCUCAGAAGGCAGGCCAACAGCCUUUCCAGUGCAGUUGCAUGAGAAUGCCUUGCCCUGGGAUGACCACAGACCACAGAUUACCUGGCGUGGGGAUGGGCAAUUUUUUGCUGUGAGUGUUGUUUGUCGACAAACAGAAGCUCGGAAGAUCCGAGUAUGGAACCGAGAGUUUGCCUUGCAGUCAACCAGUGAGUCUGUGCCAGGACUGGGGCCUGCCCUGGCUUGGAAACCCUCAGGCAGUUUGAUUGCAUCUACUCAAGAUAAACCCAACCAGCAAGAUGUUGUGUUUUUUGAGAAAAAUGGACUUCUUCAUGGACAUUUUACACUUCCUUUCUUAAAAGAUGAAGUUAAGGUAAAUGGCUUGCUGUGGAAUGCAGAUUCCUCGGUGCUUGCUGUAUGGCUAGAAGACCUCCCAAAGGAAGACAGUUCCACUCUGAAAAGCUAUGUCCAGCUCUGGACCGUGGGGAACUAUCACUGGUAUCUCAAGCAAAGCCUGCCCUUCAGCACCACUGGGAAGAACCAGAUCGUGUCUCUGCUGUGGGACCCGAUGACACCAUGCCGACUCCAUGUUCUCUGUAAGGGCUGGCGGUAUCUGUGCUGUGACUGGCACUGGACCACUGAUCGGAGUUCUGGGAACAGCGCCAAUGACUUGGCAAAUGUGGCUGUUAUUGAUGGAAACAGGGUGUUGGUAACAGUCUUCCGGCAGACCGUGGUCCCUCCUCCCAUGUGUACCUACCGGCUACUGAUUCCACAUCCAGUGAAUCAAGUCAUAUUCUCUGCUCACCUUGGAAAUGACCUUGCUGUCCUUGACGCCAGUAACCAGAUUUCUGUCUACAAGUGUGGUGAUAAGCCAAACAUGGAUUCCACAGUGAAACUAGGAGCCGUGGGUGGAAGUGGAUUUAAAGUUUCUCUUACAACACCUCAUCUGGAAAAGAGAUACUCGAUUCAGUUUGGGAACAAAGAAGAAGAUGAAGAAGUAAAUGCACUGCAGUUGAGCUUUCUCACCUGGAUUGAAGACAAUACUUUCCUGGCUAUAAGCUACAGUCACUCCAGCUCGCAGUCCAUCAUUCACCAUUUGACUGUGGCCCAUUCUGAAGUAGAAGAGGAGCAAGGACAGCUGGAUGUCAGUUCAUCUGUGACAGUGGAUGGAGUCAUCGUUGGUUUAUGUUGCUGUUCUAAGACCAAGUCAAUAGCAGUACAGCUGGCUGAUGGCCAGGUGCUCAAGUACCUUUGGGAAUCACCUUCUCUGGCUGUGGAACCCUGGAAGAACUCUGAAGGAAUUCCUGUUCGAUUUGUUCAUCCAUGCACACAGAUGGAAAUAGCCACGAUUGGAGGAGAGGAAUGUGUCCUUGGUCUGACUGACAGGUGUCGCUUUUUUAUCAAUGACACUGAGGUCGCAUCAAAUAUCACGUCAUUUGCAGUGUGUGAUGACUUUCUACUGGUGACAACCCAUUCCCACACCUGCCAGGGUUUCUCUCUAAGUGGUGCCUCACUUAAAAUGCUACAGGCAGGUCUGAGUGGCAGUCAUGAGACCAGUGGAGAAAUUCUGCGGAAAGUGGAAAGGGGUUCCCGGAUUGUUACAGUUGUUCCCCAGGACACAAAGCUUAUCCUGCAGAUGCCGAGGGGAAAUUUGGAGGUUGUUCAUCAUCGGGCCUUGGUCUUGGCCCAGAUUCGAAAGUGGCUGGACAAACUUAUGUUUAAAGAAGCAUUUGAAUGCAUGAGGAAACUGAGAAUUAACCUCAAUCUGAUUCAUGAUCAUAACCCCAAGGUGUUUCUCGAAAAUGUGGAGACCUUCAUAAAACAGAUCGACUCUGUAAAUCAUAUAAACUUGUUUUUCACAGAACUCAGAGAAGAAGAUGUCACAAAGACCAUGUACCCUCCCCCGAUUACCAAGAGUGUCCAGGUGUCCACACAUCCUGAUGGGAAGAAACUUGACCUCAUCUGUGACGCGAUGAGAGCAGCCAUGGAGACCAUCAAUCCUCGAAAGUUCUGCCUGUCAAUACUCACAUCUCACGUGAAGAAAACCACUCCGGAACUGGAAAUUGUGCUGCAGAAGGUACAGGAACUUCAAGGAAAUCUUCCCUUUGAUCCUGAGUGUGUGAGUGUAGAGGAGGCUUUGAAAUACCUGCUGCUCCUGGUGGAUGUUAAUGAAUUAUUUAAUCAUUCUCUGGGGACCUAUAACUUUGAUUUAGUCCUCAUGGUAGCUGAGAAGUCACAAAAGGAUCCUAAAGAAUAUCUUCCAUUUCUUAAUACACUUAAGAAAAUGGAAACUAAUUACCAGCGGUUCACCAUAGACAAAUACUUGAAACGAUACGAAAGGGCCCUUGGACACCUCAGCAAGUGUGGACCUGAGUAUUUCACAGAAUGCUUAAAUUUGAUAAAAGAUAAAAACUUGUAUAAAGAAGCUCUGAAGUUAUAUCGGCCAGACUCACCACAGUACCAGGCAGUCAGCGUUGCUUAUGGUGAGCACCUGAUGCAGGAGCACCUGUACGAGCCAGCGGGGCUUGUGUUUGCCCGCUGUGGGGCCCAGGAGAAGGCACUUGAAGCUUUUUUGGCUUGUGGCAGCUGGCAGCAAGCCCUCUGUGUGGCUGCCCAGCUUCAAAUGGCCAAAGACAAGAUGGCUGGCCUUGCUAGAACUCUAGCAGGAAAGCUGGUGGAGCAGAGGAAACACAGUGAGGCAGCAACCGUCCUGGAACAGUACGCCCAGGAUUAUGAAGAAGCUGUGCUCCUGCUGCUAGAAGGAUCUGCCUGGGAUGAAGCUCUGAGGCUGGUAUACAAGUAUGACAGAGUGGAUAUUAUAGAAACCAGCGUAAAGCCUUCCAUUUUAGAAGCCCAAAAAAAUUACAUGGACUUUCUGGACUCUGAGACAGCCACAUUCAUUCGCCAUAAAAACCGUUUGCAGGUGGUUCGAGCGCUCAGGAGGCAAGCACCACAGGUCCACGUGGAUCACGAGGUGGCCCAUGGCCCAGAGUCGGACCUCUUCUCGGAAACCAGCAGUAUUAUGAGUGGCAGUGAGACGAGUGGCAGAUACUCCCACAGUAACUCCAGGAUAUCUGCGAGGUCAUCUAAAAACCGCCGGAAGGCAGAGCGCAAGAAGCAUAGCCUCAAAGAAGGGAGUCCCCUGGAGGGCCUGGCUCUUCUGGAGGCUCUGAGUGAAGUGGUCCAAAACAUUGAGAAGCUGAAAGAUGAAGUGCACGCUAUUUUGAAGGUGCUCUUUCUCUUUGAGUUUGAAGAGCAAGCAAAGGAGUUACAGCGGGCCUUUGAGAGUACUCUGCAGCUGAUGGAGAGGGCAGUUCCAGAAAUCUGGACUCCUGCCGACCAACAGAGUUCAACCACACCAGUCCUAGGUCCCAGUUCCACUGCGAAUAGCAUCACAGCCUCUUACCAGCAGCAGAAGACUUGUGUCCCUGUUCUCGAUGCUGGGGUUUAUAUGCCACCGAAGAUGGACCCGAGAAGCCAGUGGAAGCUGAGCCUGCUGGAAUGACUGCCCUGUUAGGAAGGCAUUGCUGGGAAGGCCAUUUGUCCACUCAGUCCUCUUCAUGCUUCUAGCUGUGGAGAACUGGAAUGUGGGAGAGUCUGCCUUUGAACAGCCUCAGCUAGCACUAGGCAGUCCCCACUUUCUUUUUGGGUAUCUUAGGUACUGUAUCAGAACUUCGUUUUAGCCAUCAUAUUGCAGUCUUUUUAAAAAUUUCUGUUUAGCUGGCUGUAGUGGGACAUGCCUAUAAUCCCAGCAGCCCAGGAAGCUGGGGCAGAAAGACUGAUGCAAGUCAAGACCAGCGUGGCCUUACCUCAAAACAACCCAUCCUGCUUGCUGUUCUUGUACUUAGUACUGUUUGAAUGCAUGGUUGUUAGGCAAAUCAUGAACUGGAGUCUCAUUCCCAGACCCAGGCGUAGUUUCUGUUGCAACCUUAGACAACUCAUCAUUGAUUUGAUCCUCAGUUCCUGUUGUUCAUAGGGAAUGAUGUUUUAUGGUUUCUACCUCAAAAAGUGAAGACAAGUGGAACCAUAUUUCUAAGUUGUUCUGUGUUGUUAACAUAGUAUAUGGUAUGUAUGUAGGCAGUUCUGCCAGCUUUUAGUAAGAUGUGAUUGCAUAGCUGGCAUCUGUUCAUUAACUCAAAGCAGAAUAAAAAGCUAACUGUUUGGGGACUGGA